CGUUCUACGUCUUAAGGCAGAGAAUAGCCAGCCUAAGGUGCCAGCCCAAAGCUAUAUGCCAGCCAGGAUGCAAACAUGGUGAAUGCAUUGGGCCAAACAAGUGUAAGUGCCACCCAGGAUACACUGGAAAAACCUGUAACCAAGAUCUGAAUGAGUGUGGACUAAAGCCACGGCCGUGCAAGCACCGGUGUAUGAACACCUAUGGCAGCUACAAGUGCUACUGUCUGAAUGGCUACAUGCUUAUGCCAGAUGGAACAUGCUCAAAUGCCCUUUCUUGUUUGAUGGCAAACUGUCAGUAUGGCUGUGAUGUACUGAAAGGGGAGGUACGCUGCCGCUGUCCUUCUCCGGGGCUGCAGCUUGGGCCUGAUGGCAGGACUUGCAUAGAUAUUGAUGAAUGUGCUACUGGGAGAGCUAUCUGUCCACAAUUUAGACACUGUGUCAAUACUUUUGGAAGCUACAUUUGCAGGUGUCAUAAAGGCUUUGACCUGAUGUACAUCGGAGGCAAAUACCAAUGCCAUGAUAUAGAUGAAUGUUCCCUUGGCCACCAUCAGUGUGGUAGUUUUUCACACUGUUACAAUACUCCAGGAUCCUACAAAUGCAAGUGUAAAGAAGGGUACAGAGACAGUGGGAUGAACUGCAUACUUAUUCCUACUGUUAUGAUUGACCCCCCUGGCCCAUAUCAUAUAUUCAAUGGCAGCUGCUCUCUCCCUAAGGGAGGCAGUGGUAGAACAAAUAGCAUUCUUGAUGUUGGAGGCACAAGGCAACCCCUCAGACUACCAUGUGUGCCUGCUUUUGUUACAGAAAGGCCAGUGACCACGCCAACGGCUCGGCCUACACCCGGGCCAGCAACUCGACCUACACCUGUGCCUCCACCUCCAACACCACUUCACCGUACAACAAUAGGACCUACACUACCACCGCAAAGAACUCCUCUGAUAACAACUGAGGAGCCUUCACAUGUUCCCAUUGAAACUACAUCUUCCCAGGGAGUUACAGAUGACAACAGGAUCCAGCAAGAUCCUCAGAAACCCCGAGGAGAUGUGUUCAUUCCACGCCAGCCUGGAGUGAGCAAUAAUCUCUUUGAUACACUUGAAAUUGAAAGAGGGAUUACUGCCGAUGAAUUUGAAGCAAACGAUGACCCAGGUGUGCUGGUACACAGCUGUAAUUUUGAUAGUGGACUGUGUGGAUGGAUCAAGGACAAAGAUGAUGACUUGCACUGGGAACCAGUGAGAGAUGUGUCAGGGGGACAGUAUCUUACCAUCUCUGAUCCCAAAGGCAAAGAAGGAAGAGUAGCACAUCUUAUCCUGCCAUUGGGUCACAUGGCUCAGGCCAGUGACUUGUGCCUGUCAUUCAGGCAUAAGGUGCCUGGGCUGCAUUCGGGUGCCCUCCAAGUCUUUGUCAGGAAGAAUGGUGCUCAUGGACCAGCUGUUUGGGGAAGAAAUGGUGGCCAUGGCUGGAGACAGACACACAUAACGCUACGAGGACUAGGCAUCAAGAGUAUUAUUUUCAAAGGAGAGAAAGGGAAAGGAAGAACAGGGGAUAUUGGACUAGAUGAUGUGAUCCUGAGGAGAGGACGCUGCUCUGAAGAGCAUUAG